CUGAAAUAUUCAAAGUUAGGCAGUUGGCUUCUCCAUCUACCAACCAAUCCUCCCCUUACGUUGAUACGAAGUAUAUGAUAAGUAUACAAAAUGAGCCUUUAAGGAAAAAGUGGAGUUUUAAGGCAGCAAUCUCUGCCUCUGUGGGUCUGGAACUGAUCAUCUGGUAUCAGAAACUUAGGGUUCAAAAUGAAGUCAACUAUGGUUAAGGCAAGCAUAGUUGUGUUGGUGGUAGGAGGGAUUUUGGGAUGGGCGUAUCAGUCACUGAAUCCACCGCCACCCAAGAUCUGCGGUUCUCCCGGGGGGCCACCAAUCACAGGGCCAAGAAUCAAGCUCAGGGAUGGCAGGUUCUUAGCUUACAAGGAGCAUGGUGCACCCAAGCACACCGCCAAGUUCAAGGUCAUCCUUGUUCAUGGCUUUGGCUCUUGCAGGCAUGAGGCAUCCAUUGCUGCCUCGAAAGCCGCUGAGGAAUUGGAGGUGUACUUUGUGUCUUUCGACAGGCCAGGAUAUGGAGAGAGUGAUCCUGACCCGAACCGUACCAUAAGAAGUACUGCUCUGGAUAUAGAAGAGCUUGGUGAUCAAUUGGGACUUGGAUCCAAAUUUUAUGUGUUGGGGUUCUCCAUGGGUGGGCAGGUUGUUUGGGGAUGCUUGAAGUACAUCCCUCACAGGCUAGCAGGAGCAGGACUAAGUGCACCAGUGGUGAAUUACUGGUGGGCGGGAUUUCCAGCGAAUAUAUCAGCAGAAGCAUACCGUAAGGAGUACCCGGAAGACCAGUGGGCAAUUUGGGUAGCACACCACGCCCCUUGGCUUGUGUACUGGUGGAACACCCAAACCUGGUUUCCCUACUCUAGUGUCAUUGCUGGAAAACACAAGAUAUCUCCCCGAGACCGGGAAGUCAUAACCAACCUUUUCCGGUUGAAAAAAAAUUACAAGGAAUAUGCAAUACAACAAGGAAGGUUCGAGUCCAUCCAUCAGGACAUGAUUGUUGGUUUUGGGAAAUGGGAAUUUGAUCCAAUGGGUCUAAGUAACCCUUUCCCCGACGGGGAAGGCUCUGUUCAUCUGUGGCAUGGUGAUGAAGAUGGGCUCGUGCCGGUCACACUGCAGCGUUACAUUGCCGGAAAACUCCCGUGGAUAAAGUAUCACGAAGUUCCACAAGGCGGGCAUCUGUUUCCUUUUGAAGAGGGUAUGAAAGAAGCUAUUCUUAAGACACUCUUGACAGGAGAGAAGUGAGAUCAAACAGUAGUUAUAUCUAUAUCUCUAUGCAAUGCCUGUUAUGUAUGUAUAUAGAUCCAUCUGUCCCCAUUUAAAGUUGUAUUCAUUUUAGGAAAGUUCCUAAUUUGUUUCCUUAUUACGGAGUAUUUGAUACAAUAUCAUCUCUUAAAACUAAUGCCCCCAAAUAACAUAAAUUAUGUAGUGCCAAACAAUGGCAAACAAUACACUUUACAAUUAAUAUUUACUUUGAGC